CCAUUGAAAGAUUCCCAGGCUUUGUCUGGACGAAAGUAAUGACAAACCAAAUUGUGGCAGUUAGAGAGACAACGCUGCGGCAAGCAUGGACAAAAGUUGUAGGUCAUUUAAUUCUGACAUAUCUCUAUUUGGUUUUGCAUCUUUGGCUAAGCUAUUAUCAAUCUUGUCACGGGCGUGAAGUAGACUUGUGAUCUCAGAUAACGCCAAAAGUGGCGGCCAUUAUCUGCCCUUUCAUCUUCAACAAAUAAUUCAAAACCUGAUAUCUCCAUAAAACUUGACAGAAGAAAAAUCACAAUUUCUUGCUAGGAUCAGCAGGUGAAUUCCAUGGUAAACUUAUCAGUUCUUCUUGCAGGCUCUCUAUGCCUGUGUCUGGUUGUAGCUCUAGUCAAAGUCCUUUAUAAAUUUUGGUGGACACAACUUCGGAUUCAGCAUCUAAUGAGUUUGCAAGGAAUCAAAGGACCCCCUUACAAGUUCAUCCAGGGAAACAGCAAGGAGACUAUAAAAAUGAAACAGGAAGCAUUACGCAAGCCCAUGGCUGCUUUAUCACAUGAUAUAUUGCCCAGAGUCCAACCCCAAAUUCAUUCACGGAUCAACUUAUAUGAACCUGAGCUUAUCAAAGAGAUGUUGAAAAAUAAUGAAAGAGAUUUUCCAAAAAGGACAAGUAGAGAAAGGAAGAAGAAUGAAGACGAUUUCGCUCGUAAGAUAUUCGGAGAUGGACUUGUGAUAUCCGAAGGUCAGAAAUGGGCAAGGCAAAGGAAGUUGGCCAAUCAUGCUUUCCAUGGGGACAGCUUAAAAAGUAUGACUCCUGCAAUGAUCGCGAGUGUUGAGAUGAUGAUGGAAAGGUGGAAACAACAUGAAGGCAAAGAAAUUGAGGUGUUUGAAGAAUUUAGGUUGUUGACUUCAGAAGUGAUAUCAAGGACAGCUUUUGGUAGCAGUUACUUAGAUGGGAAAAAGAUUUUUGACAUGUUGAUGAGGUUGUCUGUCUUGACGAACAGAAACAUGUUUAAAGCAAGGUUUCCUGGCAUUAGUAAGUUCUGGAGAACUGCUGAUGUAAUUGAAUCAGACAAACUUGUAAAAGGAAUACACAAUUCUGUGAUGGAGAUAGUUAAGAAGAGAGAAGAGAAAGUUGCUAGUGGAGAAGCCAACAGCUUUGGCACUGAUUUUCUUGGAUUGCUUUUAAAUGUUUACCAUGAUGCAGACCAAAAGAACAGGCUUUCUGUACAAGAUUUGGUAGAUGAAUGCAAGACAUUUUACUUCGGUGGACAAGAAACAACUAAUUCUAUACUUGCAUGGACUGUCUUUCUUUUAGCAAUCCAUCCAGAUUGGCAAGAGAAAGCACGGAGAGAGGUGAUCGAGGUCUUUGGCAACCAAAAUCCGCAUUCUGAAGGCAUUGGCAGACUAAAGAUUUUGACUAUGAUCAUUAAUGAAACUCUAAGAUUAUAUCCUCCAUUAAACAACCUGGCAAGAAGAGUUGAACAUGAAAUUCAAUUGGGAAAGCUCAUACUGCCAGCUGAUUUGCAAGUGAUUGUCCCAAUUCUGGCACUUCACCAUGAUCCUCAGUUAUGGGGAGAUGAUGUAAAUCUUUUCAAACCUGAGAGAUUCGCAGAAGGGAUUGCCAAUGCCACCAAAUAUAAUGCUGCUGCAUUUAUGCCCUUUGGGUUUGGACCUCGAUCUUGCGUGGGUAUGAGCUUUGCAAUGACAGAAACAAAGACUGCUCUUUCAAUGAUUCUACAACGCUACACUAUUUCCCUUUCCCCAACCUACUGCCACGCACCAUUUACCCUUCUUAUGCUUCAGCCACAACAUGGAAUUCAGUUAAUGCUUCAUUCUCUAUAGAAUGAAGCCUAGAAUUGUUAAUCGAGUAAGGCCUUGUACAUCAGUUGCUGCAACCAAUAAUUUCACUCAAUGAAAGUGAAAUAUGGUUUUUAGUAUUUUACAGUGAUGUUGAUUAAUUUGCACUUGUUUCCAUCCAUUUAGUAGUAAAUGAUGGUACUGGAACUAAAUGUUUUAGCAAUUGAGUGUGGAGAUCAUGCUCUUCCUGUGUACUUUAUUAUCUUAUAUUCUGAUAGUUUUCUAGAUCCUUUUUUCUGUAACAAAAUUCACCCAGAGCAUUGUUUUUAUUCUGAUGUCAAGAGAAAUUGUAAAUAAGCUCAGGCUUCCCAUCAAAUCUCAAAUAAAGAACUAGCCUGGAACUGUUGAAAGAGAUUUUACCCUCUUACAGGGCUUACAUUGGCAUUUUAUAGAUUGCCAGAAAUUCAGAAACAGGCCCCUCUCUAUUUUUACCA